AUGUAUAAUUAUAGAAGCUUAAAUGGACUUCACAUCCUCAGUGCAUCAAGUGUUAUCCCCAGUUGCAAGGAAUAUGUACAUGUGCUGGUGGAAGGGGAACUCGAAACAGAGGAGUCAGAGCUGGAAAAAUGCAUAGAUGAUGCUACAAAAAAGCAAGAUUUCCAAGGACUGGAACCAUUUUUGGAUAAUGACAUUUAUGACAGUAUUUCUCACAAGUGCAGCAAACAGUUUCUCAACAAAAUAGACAAACUUAUAUGCCAGGGACUCGAUAAAGGAGAACUCAAGAAUGUGUCUACCUUGUUGAACGUUCUUCAGAAACAUGGCAAGAAUAUCAACAUACUAGGUGAAGUUGGGUUUCCAGCGAUGAUAGAAUACAGUCUUGUUCAAAAGAUGGUUACUUGGUUUGAAAAGGCCAAAGGAUUCCUAGAAAAUAACACAAAUGAAAAAAAUAACAAAUUGACUAUUCUUUUUGAAGACUUCUUUGAUAUCCUCAUGGUAGUACAUGAUACUAGCAGCAAAGGUAAAAUACAAAUACUAGAAAAUUUUAUACUGCGAACAUGUGCUCUUGCUACUGAUAAGAACAUUAAUAUUUAUAUUCAGCAGGAGGCAGUAAGAAAAUUGAACACAAUGCUUAAUGCUAUGCCUCGAGAUAUUAGGAAGAAAAUUAUUUCUACAAAGGAAAUGCUGCAUGUCAUGAAUGAUAUGGGAAAGAGAAUUUUGGAAGCUGGGGACUACGACCUCCAAGUUGCCAUUACUGAAGCUUUAUGUAGAAUGACAUCGGAAAAACAAAGGGGAGAACUGGCAAGCCAAUGGUUUUCAAUGGAGUUUAUUUCUAAUGCAUUUAAAGGAAUUAAGGAUUCUGAGUUUGAAACAGACUGCAGAAAGUUUCUUAAUCAAGUGAAUGGCAUGCUUGGAGACAAAAGAAGAGUUUUUACCUAUCCUUGUUUAUCAGCCAUCCUGGAUAACUAUGAAUUACAGAUACCAGCAGAUGAUAAUCUUGAAGAAUUCUGGAUUGAUUUUAAUACUGGUAGCAGAAGUAUAUCCUUCUAUGUUGCUGCAGAUGAUGAAGGUAACCAGUGGGAAACUAUUUGCAUUCCUGAGGAAGAAGUGGAUACAUACAUUAUUGAAGAAAAAGACCAAAAAAAGGUGCUAAUAAUACAUGUAAACAAUCCAAUAUCUGUGGAUACAAAAGAAGGGGAUAAAAUAACAUUGCAUUUUGAUUCUGCAUUGGAAAUUGCGGAUGCAGUAAGCAAAGUUUAUGGAGCAACUAAAUGCAAAGGAUUUACAAGGAAGAAUGCGAUGUCAGUUGCUAAAACUACAGUCCAUGUAAUUUUUGAUGAAAGUGGAUCACAGGUUCUUGUACCUGAGAGUCAGAUGUCAUCUUUGAAUGAAGGAAGCAAACUGGAUGAAAAAGGUUAUGCCCUGCAUCGGCAUUAUAAGACACAAAUGGCUCUGAAUCAAAAAGCUGACAAGGUGGACUUUCAAACAGUUAAAUCGAUAGUAAGUUUUCUAUUGUCAAAAAAAUAA